AUGGUGCUCGCACUUGCGCUUUCCGCUGAGCUUAACGGCGUCACCGACCUGCGUCCUACCGACACCGAAGACUCGCCCUUCCACUACACCUUCAAGGUGCAAUGUACAUCAUGUCGCGAGACGCACCCGAAUUUUGUCACCAUGACCCGAUUCGACAUGAAUGAGAUGAGCGGUAGCAGAGGCGAGGCCAACUUCGUCUGGAAGUGCAAGAAUUGUAAGAGGGAACACUCAGCGAAUAUCAAGGCAGCGCCGGCAACAUAUGAGCAGUCCGACCCACCCAAGAAGGUGAACAUAUUGGAGUUUGAUUGCAGAGGGUUGGAGUUCACUGACUUCAAGGCUGAGGGCGACUUCGAAGCAAAGGGAGCAGAUUCGAACACCAAGUUCGCUUCCAUCGAUCUUUCCGAGGGAGAAUGGUUCGAUUACGACGAGAAGGCGGGCGAGGAAGUGAGCAUCACGAAUGUCAAAUGGGAGAUAAGGAGAGCAUAA